AACAAUAUUUGCACAUACAUAUGUAGUGUUCUCGUAUUUGUUGAUGUUAUGGAAAUGACCGCUUUGUGUGUUUAAUCAUUAAUGUGAAAAAUAUGUUAAUAUAGAAAAUAACCGGUACAACGACAAUUAUUAAUAAAUAAAUUAAAGGUAAAAUAUUCUAAAGCGAAUCAGUCGACCGAAUUAUGUUGCCGAGUUAUUCAAAUAGCAGCCCCCUUGAUACCGGGGGACAUUUAAAUAGCCAGAUUAAUGCAAGUAAUACAGAUAACAACAACGAUGACGACGAUGAUAACUAUGAGUUUUAUGAUGCCAUUAAUGAUAUGACAGAUGAUGCUACCGAAUGCGUUAGUGAGGUAGACGAAGUUUUACAAUACAACGCGCCGGAAUCUGAUAGCAACAGUUCGCUGUAUGAUGCUAAGCCAAUGACAUUGGAUAAGGCGGUCGAAGAAGCUAAAUUGGCAAUUUGUUAUUUCUUCAAUAACAAGUUUGAAGAUGCUCGCAACUUAAUGGUCCCUCACGCACAUUCUAGCAUGUAUCAUGCAAUGGGCCGGGCCGUUUUUUCAUUUUUAGAGGCGAUACUUACAUUUGAACAACAUCAUAUUAUUAAAGCUGGCGAGGAGCUACGAAAAUGUUUAGAUGUCUGUCAGAAGCAACGCCGCAAAGUUACUAUAACACAAUCAAUAGGAAAAAAAUUUAAAAGAGUAAACUACAGUCAUUUAAGCGACACAGAGGCCCACGCUGAAUUAUGUACCGCAGAAGCAUUGCUACUUAGAGCGUUAUUAACGUUUAUAGAAGAUGAGACUUUAUCAAGUCUAAUUAGAGGAGGCAUGAAAAUUCGACACUGUUACAGUAGCUACAAGGAAUGUGCGCUUAUACUUAGUAAUCGUAAAUGGGAAUCAGAUAUAUCUAGAAUACAUUUUGAGAGUGGCGUUCGAAUGGGUAUGGGAACUUUUAACCUUAUGAUAUCUUUACUACCAGCCGGUGUCGUUAAGGUUUUGGAGUUUAUUGGAUUUUCAGGAAAUAAGGAAAGCGGCUUAGAGGAUCUUCAAACUGGCUACAACCUGCCCGGUCUGCGUCAAGUUUUAUGUGCCAUGACUCUAUUAGGCUAUCACCUAAUUGUUUGCUACGUUUUGAGCCACCAAGAGGGUGAUUUAAAAUUCGCCAACGAAAUCUUAAACAGUCAACUGGUGCUAUAUCCACAAGGUGUUUGGUUUCUAUUUUUUAAAGGACGCCUAGAGUUUAUGAAGGGUAACCUGGAAGAAGCCACGGUAUGGUAUAAAAAAUCAUGGAAAUCUCAAAAUGUUUGGCCACAGUUUCAUCACUUAAGCUUUUGGGAACUAUUAUGGGUCAAUUGUUUAAGAUUAGACUGGCGUGAAGCCAGCUUAUAUGCAUCGUAUUUAGUGGAAAAUAGCAAGUGGUCACGCACUAUAUAUUCCUUUCAAAAAGCUGCUGUUAUGCUAAUGUUACCAAGUUUAACAACAACUGAAAAACUGUCUAUUGACAAUUUAAUGCGUGACUGUCCAGCCUACAAGCAGCGUAUAGCUGGCAAAUCUUUGCCAAUGGAGAAAUUCAUAUGCAAAAAAUCCGAUCGUUACUUUGCACAAGGAAAAUUACUAUGUCUUCCUGCUAUAGAAUUAAUGUAUUUGUGGAAUACAUUUAAAGUAAUUAGCAAACAGUAUGACAUUGCUGAUAGUAUAUAUAGAGUUAUAGAAACCAAAUUGAAUGAAUUAGAAAGAAGUAAGGAACAUUCCGUGUAUGAUGCUGAUAACAAAGCUUUAUGUUUACUACUGCGCGGAGCUUGUUUAAGGCAAAUGAAGAAACCGGGACUGGCAUUACAAGACUUAAAUGAAUGCAUUAAUUUGCAACCUGACAUAAAAGAAGAUCUCUAUUUGAUUGCUUACGCUAGCGUGGAAUGCGGUCUAGUCUAUGCUGACGAGAAUAACAUAGACUUAGCCAUAAAUACCUUAGAGGAAACCAAAAAAAAAUAUACCGGAUUUUCCCUAGAAUCUAGAUUACACUUCCGAAUUCAUACAGCUUUAAUGGAUCUUAGAGAAAGAAGGAAAGAAAAAUGAGUAACAAUGUUGUGUCCAGCCAAAUCACUAGCAAAAAUUCCCAAUACAACGCUACCAAGAAAUCAGUUUAUACUAAUUAUAUUUGCACUUUAUUCAGGGUUAUCAAAUGGUGGGGAAAUAUGGUUCUUUAAAUAUAAUUUUAUUUAUAAUUGUAAAUAUACAAAUGUAUAAAUAAAUAAAUUCCUUAUUGUACCCUUCACCAUAACUGGUAAGGGUAUAUCAUAUAAAGAAAA